CCCCGCCUACUUUUAAGCUAAUGUACAAACAUGGCGGACAAUAUGAAGAAGCAACUUUCUAGCGAAGAAUUCGAUGCUCAAAAACAUGUUUUUGACAUCUGCUCGGGAGGUGAUGUCUAUAAUGAUCUCCUGGAACAUCGGCAGAAGUUUCAGAUGCUCAGUGAAGACACAGCUGUUAAUCUCAAGAAGAAUGUUUACAGAAACUACACACAGUUCAUUGAUACAUCGAAAGAAAUAUCAUAUCUUGAAGGAGAGAUGUACCAAUUGAGUCAUGUACUGACAGAACAGAAAGCCAUCAUGAGCCAGAUGUUAGAAAUGUCCAUCGGCAAUAAAGAAGCAUCAGCGAGAAACAAAGACAUGCCUCAGAGUAAAGAUGAUCAGAAGAGAACCAUAGCUUCCUUGCUGGAUAGAGUGGAAGGGUGCUCGCGUAUUACAGAAGUCCCCGGUAGAUUCAUCGUCCAUGACGGUGAUCUGGUUGAGCUAGAUACUGAUACAUUCUCGGAGGUUCAACGUGUACACGCCUACCUGCUGAAUGACAGUCUGGUCAUUACAACAUUUGUACCAAACAGGCGAGGCCCAGUGAGAUAUAAAUACCAAGCCUUGUAUGAAUUGGACAGCCUGGCAGUCGUCAAUGUCAGAGAUGUUGGACCUGUGAAGAAUGCCUUUAAGAUUCUCAUGUUUCCCGAUCAGAGGAUCUACAGAGCUGACAACUCAAGGACAAAGCGUACUUGGUUAGAUAAACUAGAAGAAGCCAAGAAGAACAAAGCAGCAGCAGAUGCUCACAGGAGAGAGCUUGCUGAGCAGAUGAGCGUGGAGUCAAGCGAUUAUAAUCCUUUUGAUGAGGAUGACGAUGUCACAUCUCCAGUAGCUCCUGUAGAGUCAACCAGCAUGCUCAAGGUGGAAUGGUUAGUGGAACUCCCCGAGGAUCUAGACAUGUGUAUCGCUCAGAGGAACUUUGAAGAAGCUACGGAUCUUAUCAUCAAAACAAAUGGCUACCUUGAUUCAGUUCCUCAAAGCCCAGCUCUCAAAGAAAUGAGGGCUCGUGUUGACCACCGUGUGAAGCAACUCACCGACGUCCUGACUCGUGAGUUACAGGUAUCACCUGACCGAUCACUUAGAGGUGGGCCUCAAGUCACUCGCAGGGCAGUUACUCAACUCAUACGACUCGGAAGAGCAACGCAGGCAUGUGACUUGUUCCUGAAGAAUCGCAGCGCAUCCAUCAAGCAAUCACUGCGACAACUGAAGAUAGAGGGCGCUACCAGCAUGUACAUCACCAAGCUGUGCAGCGUGUUCUUCAAUCACAUCAUAGAGACGGGGAAGGAAUUCCGGUUUACGUUUGCCGAGAACCAAGGAUGCUUCUCAGCUUUUGUCGUCUGGAGCAAAGCUGAGCUGAAGACGUUCGCCAAUCACUUCUCACGCCAAGCCCUUGCCAAGAAGACGAGUGUAUCUACCGUUGCAGAGUGUGUGGGUAUCGCUCGUAGUUACUGCCAACAACUGUCCGUUAUUGGCUUAGAGCUACUGUUUGCUUUGAAUUCUCUGAUCCUACGAGGUAUAAGGGAAGCACUGCAGUAUAACAAGGAUCAGUUGAUUGAGGCAUCCAGGCACAGGAACGUGGAUGAGCGAUGGUAUCCAUUGAACCUGAAGAACCCAAGCGCUGCUAAUAAUCUCAUCCAGGAGAUGUAUCAGUUAGGAUUUGAGGAUUUCAAUGCUCUGGUCUAUGACGGGUGCUUUGUGAGUCUUUCCAGUAGCAAUGUUGCCUUUACCAAGGUCUUACUGUCAUUCCUUCACGAUGCACUCAAGUUAUAUCUACCUGAGCUUUAUCCUGAUCUUGUCUGGACUAUCAGGGAUGUCAUGGACAGUCAUGUUCAUCUGAUGGAGACCGCCGUCACGUCUGAUAGGUUCGAUGACGAGAGACCUUUCAUCAUGAAGAACGUUGAUUACAUAUUCAACCGACUUCUGCCGCUCGUUGAGAAGAAAUUGAAGGAUGUUGCUGAUCGCAGCUUGAAAGAACUGAAAGACCUCCACAAACGACAUCAAGAAAUCUCGCAGAAAGUCCAAAAUCUAGGAGCUUUAAUAUAAAAAGGUAAACAUUCAAAAUUGGGAAAUUGAGUUUGUUAGGGCAAGGAUGUUAGACUGUGAAGUUGCCAGUAUAAUUUCUAUCAGGCAGUUGUUAUCCAAUCACCACCACAUGUUGUAGAAUGUGUGUGGUUUUUUUUUUUGGCAACUUUAAUUUUUUUUCUCCAGAUUUUAAGGGUAAAUUUUAUCAUUUUAAUCCCUCAAUAGGAUUGUGAUUUAUUGUGAUAUUUGCGUUUAUUUUCCAUUAGUGCAAUAUUAUUUUUGUAUACUGACCAAUGCUGUAAAUAAAAAUAAAAUUUCCUCUAUGAAUGCCAAACUCUGGCCUUGUCAAAAAAAAAGUCUAGAGAGAACCUGCAAAGUUGUAAGGUUUUAAAACAAAUAAACCAUCACUUUCUUUGUGUAAAGGAAGCUGAAGCUCAUGUUACUCGCAAAUAUCAUUAACAAAGUUUGAGGUAAAAAUGUUAAGAUCUCAAAGGAUUCAGUCAUUCAUAAAAAAAAUAUGGACAAGGCUUAGUCAUUAGGUUUGCUAGUAUUUCUUUACAAAACGCCUCUUGACAUUUGUUGAGAGAGUCAUUACUCAUUUGUUUUUAUAUAAUAAAUGUACUCUGUAUUAGAAAUUUUCCAGAAGUAUUUUUGGUUUAAUUUGAUCCCAAACAGAAGGCUCAAACAUUGUGUAUCCAACCCAAUCAUCUGUGAUACUUUCAUCUAAUUAGUCAACUUGAAUUUGAAAACAAUAAUCAUGUUUGCUCAUAACUUAUAAUGUUAAAGGGUUGUUGCAUUUUUCAAAAAAGAAAGUUUAAAGUUUCAUUUUCAGAAUUUGUCACAAUUUAUAAAGAAAUUGUUUUUUUCUCCAAGAGCACGCCCAGAGCUGAUGAGAAAAUAAAUGAUACAGAAACA